AGCGUGAGAUGGCACUGAUUGAUAAGAUUGUUAUCAACAACAAUUUAACGCGUGUUCGGUUGGCUCAUAUUUGCUGCUUUUUCCCACCACAUGCCUUCGAUUUCGGGAGUUGAAUACACCUAUCUUAAAGCUCCUUAUCUCUAUUACAAUCCAGUCACCGAAUCCUAAGUCAAUAAUAGUGUUCGCCAUUCAAUCUGUUUUGACGACUUUCACGGCUGGCCGAGCCAACCGCAAGCUCCGUACGACACCUCGCCUUGGCCCAACUCCGCUGCUAUUUGAAGCGUACCCCCUAGGUCAUGGAUGUUGCUCGAACCCACAAUCAUACAAAUUUUAGCCGACGAUGAACCUCCCUUUCGGAGGGCAAGAGACUUAUAUGGGGAUUUCUGGAUUGCCAUCAAGACUUGGGAUUAGCAAUACCAACCAGUCUGAGGACGUCACUCCUCUUAUUUUUUUUUUUUCUUUUUUCUUUUGCAAUUCCAUUGACAACCCAUACACAGCCUCCAGACGCAGCAUUCCAACAAUAUCUGACAUACCUGAUACCAUUCUGAGAGCCGAGCUUGCACGACGAAGUGAAAUUCGAGACUCAGGUACUGGGAAAGCAGCAUGUGGCUCAAGGGAGCGGGGUGCCUACAACACCCCAAUACAUGUGAUGGCUCUAUUUCUCAUACUUGUCUUGAGCACAUUAGCAUGUUCAUUCCCAGUUCUCGCCCGUCGAUUUCCGCGCCUUCCAAUACCACGCCAUUUCCUCUUCAUCUCAAGACAUUUUGGAACUGGAGUACUGAUCGCCACGGCCUUUGUGCACUUGCUUCCUACUGCGUUUGUCUCGCUGACGGAUCCUUGUUUGCCUCGAUUCUGGAGUGAAAGUUAUCGUGCCAUGGCGGGGUUUGUUGCCAUGAUCUCAGUUUUCGUUGUUGUUUGUGUAGAGAUGUUUUUUGCCAUGAAAGGAGCAAAGCAUGUGCACGGGAGCGAGUACGACAAUCUAAUCAGCGACGUUGGGCGGGAUUCUUCCAGUGAGUACCGGGAUGAGAGGGCCAACUAUUCAGAACUCGAUAGGCAACACGAAUUGGGCAAUAUUCCUCUUGAAAGAAUGCGAGACGAAAACCACGUGAAUAUAAUAUCACAGGCAUCUGGCUCCCUAUCCAGAGUUUCUACAGAUGAAUCUUCCCAGCUACGCUUGAAAGACACCAGUACAGACAAAGAGGAGAACGACGACACCGACCUUGAGGGUUUAGACCCUUACACAGAUAGAGGUUCUAAUCAUAAUGAAGACCGGUCUCAUCGCUCUCUGUCACAUUCUCAUGUUCGUCAUCAAUUACAUCGACAGGCAGACCCCGCGCUGUCUCUUCAGAACCCACAGCGUCAGCUACUCCAGUGUCUUCUUCUGGAGGCCGGCAUCCUUUUUCACAGCAUUUUCAUUGGAAUGGCCCUCAGUGUUGCAACAGGGACAUCGUUUGUGGUUCUUCUUGUCGCCAUUUGCUUCCACCAGACUUUUGAAGGGUUUGCCCUCGGCUCACGUAUAGCCUCACUAAUCCCAGACCUUUUCUCGCCAUCCUCCAUGAAACCGUGGCUAAUGUCACUUGCCUAUGGCACUACUACCCCUAUCGGACAAGCUAUUGGGCUAGUUUUGCAUAACCUCUAUGAUCCAGCAAGCACCACAGGUCUACUCAUGGUUGGGAUUACAAACGCAAUUAGCAGUGGUCUUUUGCUUUUUGCAGGACUCGUAGAACUUCUUGCAGAAGAUUUUCUCAGCGAGUCGAGCUACGAGACACUCAGGGGCCGGCGGCGCAUCGAAGCUUGUAUUGCGGUUGCAGGUGGUGCUGUGCUGAUGGCUUUUGUCGGUGCUUUUGCCUAAGAAUUUAGGACCUGAUCGAUGUCAGGAGCCCUGCUGCGCUUUGUCCCUUUUCAAACAUGUAUAUAUUGCUAUUUGUGUUCACUCUGAAAAAUGGCUUGGGGUUACUAAUUUUAUACCCCCAAAUAAAGAAACAUGGCUCGGGGUUGGGGAAAUCUAUG